AUGGACGAAAGCGGGGUGCCCCGGAGCAUCUGGGAUGGAGACGCCAAAGCCGUCCAGCAAUGCCUGACGGACAUUUUCACCAGCGUCUACACCACCUGCGACAUCCCGGACAACGCCAUCUUCGGCCCCUGCGUGCUCAGCCACACCUCGCUCUACGACAGCAUCGCUUUUGUGGCGCUCAAGUCCACCGACAAGAGGACCGUCCCCUAUAUAUUCCGGGUGGACACCUCGGCGGCCAACGGCUCCUCCGAAGGCCUGAUGUGGCUUCGCCUGGUCCAGUCGGCUCGGGACAAAGAGGAGCAGAACCUGGAAGCCUACAUCAAGAACGGACAGUUGUUUUACCGCUCCCUGCGGAGGAUUGCCAAAGACGAGGAGUUGUUGGUGUGGUACGGGAAGGACCUGACCGAGCUGUUGCUGCUCAACCCCGCCAGGUCUCAGAGCAAGAUGAAGGCUUCCUCUCCGCACACCUGUCUGGAGUGUGGCCAGCGUUUCCAGUUCGAGUUCCCCUACGUGGCGCACCUGCGGUUCCGCUGCCCCAAGAGGCUGCCCGGGGCGGACAGCAGCCCAGCCGGGGACUCCAGCCCCAAGAACAGCAGCAGCCCCAAGGAGCACGAAGGCGCCAGCAAGUUCCAGGCCAAGCAGGGCGGCGGCCAGCCGCAGAUCCAGCCCCCCACCCACCGCCGCCACUACCACUGCGGCCCGGACAGCAACGGCCCGAGCAACGGCGCCGUGACCAAGCCCUCCACGGACUUCCACAACCUGGCCCGGGAGCUGGAGAACUCGCGGCCGAGCAGCGGGAGCGGCUCCCCCGGCAGGCGAGAGCAGCCGGCGGCCGGCCUGGACGGCCGCGCCAGCCCCGCGGGCAAGGCGAAGCGGAAAUACUCCGGCGGAGACACGCCGGCCGAGGAGCGAGGCCCGCCGGGCGGCAGGGGGCGCCUGGAGAGGCCGAUCCCUUCGUCGCCCAAGGAGGAGCUGGCCUGCACCCCGCAGCAGCACUACCGGCCGGCCGGGAGCUACUUCGGCUUGGACGACGCCAGCCGCCUCUACGGCCCGCCCAGCCCGGACACCGGCGAGGCCAAGCGAAGCGCCUUCGUGGAGGUGAAGAAAGCCUCCCGCGGCGGGGACGGCGGAGGCGGCGGCGGGGACGAAGAAAAAGAGCGCGGCUCCCCAGCAGGCACCGCCUCCGCCUCCUCCGCGGAGAAGCCUCCGCCGCUGCCCUCGCUGCUGGGGCCGCGCUCCGGGGCCAGCGCCUUCUCCACCGUGCCCUCCUCCUCCUCCUCGCAGCCGCCGCCGCCCUCCGGCCCGGCGGGCAGCCCCGAGGAGCGCAAGAGCGCCUUCUCGCAGCCGGCGCGCUCCACCUUCUCGGCGCACGCGGCGCAGCUGGUGCUGGGCGGGAAGCUGAGCGCGCUGGCCGAAGGCGGCUGCCACGCAGGCGCCGAGGGAGCCGCGCGCCUUUACGCCUCGGAGCCGCUCAAACUGCCCGGCGCGCCCGGAGAGCUGGGCAACGGGGCGGGCGCGGGCGGCGAAGGAGGAGGAGGCGGCGGCGGGGCCGGGUCAGGGGUCGGCGGAGGCGGAGGCGGCGGCGGGCUGCCCAAGCAGAGCCCCUUCCUUUACGCCACCACCUUCUGGCCCAAAAGCUCGGCCGUGGCGGCGGCGGCGGCGCCUCUCCAGCUGCAGCUGCCCUCGGCGCUGACGCUGCUGCCGCCCUCCUUCACCUCGCUCUGCCUGCCGGCGCAGAACUGGUGCGCCAAGUGCAACGCCUCCUUCCGCAUGACCUCCGACCUCGUCUACCACAUGCGCUCCCACCACAAGAAGGAGUACGCGCUCGAGCCGCUGGUGAAGCGGCGGCGCGAGGAGAAGCUCAAGUGCCCCAUUUGCAACGAGUCCUUCCGCGAGCGCCACCACCUCUCGCGGCACAUGACCUCGCACAACUGA